AUGCAACCUCAAUUAGGUGAUGCUAAAGUAACGCCCGCCACUACCAAGGCAAAGUCACAGUCACCGUCGAAAAUGCCAAAUGUGUCUCAAGUAGAACAGAUCGUUUCUGCAUCCUUGCAGUCCUCAAACAUUCAGAUGGGUAAGCCCAGAGCUAGACGGCUGUCCAUGACUGGAGAUCGAGCUUCUGGUCCCAUUCCGUCCACACCCAGACGUAAUGGUACCAAGAAGGUGGCAGCAGACAUAAACAACAGAGUGGAUGACCCAGUUGGUAAAUUUCGUGUGAUAAUUGACGAGUCAGUAGUUUCUGCUCUUUUGGAUUGCGCAUUUUCAGAUUAUAAACAUGAAGUCAUGGGAUAUUUGGGAGGAAGGUUUGAUGCUGAUUUGAAUGACAACGAAGCUAUAAUUUGUCGCAUAAAUCAUUUUGUUGCAUCUGAGAGGAAUGUCGUGUCUAUGUUGACUACCACAGUUCGAGAAGUUGAGGCAGCGUUGGAUGAGGCAGUAAAGACUUUUGCUGAAAUGGGAUAUUAUCUAGUUGGAUGGUAUCGAAGUAAUCUCCCAAAUAUCCAUAAAUCAAUUCCAGUUGAUACAGACAUUAAGAAGCAGCAAUCGAUACAAUUACAGUCUCCGAAUAGCAUUGGUUUGAUUGUCUCUGUAUCUAGCAGAAUACGUCCUGAAUCCGGCUUGGGCGCUUAUGCGUCUAGUAAUCCGGCAUAUGGGAUGUAUGUCUUCAGAACGAGCAGCGCUAAUGGUCUACAUUCAUAUGCCAGCAACCCCCAUAAUAAUCUCUCUACUCCACACAAGACGAGCAGAUCGGGAAAAGGGAAGGGAACCGAAAAUGACAUCAUUCAUAAAGUGUCAUAUACAGUACAAAGGCAGGCUUAUAUGUCGCCAAGAAUAAUGCAACAGAUGACGUGUACAAUGAUGAACACCUUGCGAGAAUCAAAGCAAGUAUACUCGCAACAGCUCGUCGAUUGUGACAAUAAAAAUGUACAGAGAAUUUUCGUAGAUUCGGAAUAUGAAUCCUUCUUGAUUAAUUUCCUAAAAAAGAGCGUGCUACAGUUUGAUAAAACCAUAGAGCAAGACUUUAGAUCAUUGGCAAUUACUAAACACCAUAUCAAGACAUUAAUAUCAACGAGGAUAAAUGAUAUCCUUACAAAAUGGCAGAAAUAUCGCAAUGGAGAUGCGAAAGAGAACGCGAUACGACGUAGAGAACUGGAGGCUUUGGCCGGAAAGCAUCUGUAUCAUAUCUUUGGGAAGGAUAUUAAGAGAGAGUCACCAGCUGUAGAGAAUGCAUACAGAGUGACGAGAUGGCUCAACCUGAAUACGCCUACUGUUGUUGAUGAUACAACCCGCGCAACGUUCACUUCUGCUACGCUAGAGUCUUCUUUGCCGGUGGUUUCGGACUAUUUUUCCAGUUUAAAGAGCGAAAUGGAUGGGGACGAAAUGAUGACACCCACAACGUCAAUACACCAGUUCUCAUCGAUACAUACCAGUAAUGCACAAGCUUGCAAUAAUGUCUCUGAUGUUGAGGAUAAUGAGUCGACGGAUACGCAUGAGGGAUCCGCGGUAUUAUCAUCGAUGCAGAACACGGAAAAAAGUACAAAGAGCAAUGGCAGGAAGAGACCGUCUAUUUCAUCUAACGAGACGCUACAGUCGCCUCAGAAAAUUGUAAAGACUGAAAGCAAUCAAUCAACGGCCUACAGCUCACACGUUCAUUCAAAUGACAGCAUGACACCGCCAGCUAGCCACGAUAGUAUAUCGCUGGCAUCACCAACAUUACCAACUGCUCCGACAUAUUUAUCUUCUCGCGUGAUAAAUGAACCGAAUGAGACUCUUAUCAAAAGCGCAAAUGCACAUGGUCAACCUUCGUACGCAUAUAAUAACUACAUAACAGCAUAUCCUAGUCCGCAGAAUGGUCUGUCUAUAAGCCAGUCACUUACGCAACCUGUGGCCAAUGCACUUUCUCCGUCACCAUCACAAUCAAUGACGAAUAAUGCUACAAACAAAAACUCAAAACGUCCAUCCGAAGGGUUAAAUUUGCCCAGUAUAAGAGGGUUACUCGAACUAUCAGGUCGUUCAUCAGCCUCCUCGGCACCAGCCCAGCCCUCAACUCCAACUCCAACUUCACUUUCCAAUGCAGAAAUGCACGAAUCCAAUUCACCGUUCUCACAGCUAUCAUAUCAAUCACUUUAUCCUUCAUUUAGAAACCAGUAUAUAAAUUUUAGUCCGAUGCAAUCGUCUACACCGCAGUCAACACUUACUUUGCCAACUACACCACCAUCAUCUUUGCAAUCGCCACUCCAACACAUAUUAUCACCAACUGGUUCCACAUCGAAUGGGGCCACAUCGCCUACAUUGUCAACACGACAAUAUAUUCCAAUUGCACCAUCUCCGAUGACCAAUUCCUUGAAUGCAAAUCGAUCAAUGACAUUGUCACCAUCGUCUUCGACUCCAAUAUACACAUCAUCUACAUCGCCGGGUUUACAAUACAUGCAUCAGCAGAAUCAGAGUACAGAUGGACAUGGCAAUGAUUUUUAUAUUCGGUGA